UAUACGUAUCGUAUGUCCAGGCAGUUUAUUGACCACCGACCUCAGUUGGCAGCUAAAUAGACAAGGGACAGGUCGGGAAAUACAAACUCAUCGGUGGAUAGCACAGAAAAAAUAUUCCUAUUUGCCGAGCUCUUCAGAGCGGGGAUAAACCGAUAACAAAAGAUACGGACCUGAUAAGCCCAUCUACUCUGGAGGUUCAGUGGAAGAUUUAUUUCCCAUCCAAGUCAUAAGCUCUGCGAAGUUUCAACCAAUCAGUGACUAUAAUGCGGCUAAGAUUGCUGGCUAUCUGGGUCUCCCUAGCUCUUUUACUUCAAUGGAGUCGGGCCCAGGAGGAUAACAUACAAGAAGUCAGCAUAAUUGGAGGAUCAGAAGGUGAAAGCUCGGAUAAAAAUGAAGAGCAUGCAACGGAAUCGAAGGAGAAUGGUGUUGUAUCUCUAGGAGAGAAACAGCCUUAUAUGAACUCAACAGAACUGACUACUGAUGAAAAAGAGCCCAUGGGAGAUGUAACAAGUUCACAAAAUAUGCCAUCUAAUGCCAGUCAAGUUGGAGAGAUGGAUCAUCAAUCAGGGGAUGAUAAAAACGAGUCUGAUGAAAUAAGUAUGGGCACAAAUACGGAGGUGGACCACAAAAAAGAACAAGCAGAUAAAGUAGAACCAGAAAAGCAAAAUAACGAAACUUCUCCUAAACCAGAAACUCCGGAUACUGAAAGAAACGACCAUUCAUCGGAUCAUUUAAAUCAGUCGCCUACGGCUACUCAGGAAUCCCCUUCAGGAGUGGGUCCCAAUAUUUUUAAUCAACCACCAACUCCACCAGAGAAGGAAACUCAUACCGCCAAUGAAACUGCAGUCAUAUCAACGGGCGGAUCGCCCGAUUACCCGAGUGACGGACCCCAAGAGAACACCACAGCUCAACCCACAACUGAACCCACCUUUAUAGCACCCACUCCCCCAAUGUCCAACCCAGUAUUCUCUGCUUUGAGCUGCUACUCCUGCAUGUUUUGCAAUAAAUCGGCUACGAAUGAGUCUAAGUUAGACUGCCCACCAAUACCGGGAAAAAGGAAUGGAUGCCGUACCAUACUUGUUAAAGAUCCCUUUAUUGUGCCGGGUAAAAAGACUUAUAUAAGUCGGGGCUGCAUAAUCGAAACGGAUAAUUCUUUCUCUAGCUAUUGUGAAGAAAAUGAGCAACUAUGCAUAUCGUGCUACGAACCCAAUUGUAAUAUUCAUAACAUGACACAAUUUGAAGAGACUUCGGCCUCUGCCUCUGCUUCUGCCGCUCAUCAUUUGCUGACGUCGACCCCCUUUCUUAUCUGGAGCAUCUGUUUAUUCAGUUGGCAGGUGAUAUAUUAUAAAGUACCACCCCCGCAAUUCUGAGUCAUAACAAUUAAUAAGUAAAUGGAUAAUGGCGCACUUAAAAACCGAUGAGUAUGACUAAUAAUAAAAAACCGAAGAUUAGAUGGGCAGUAUGCCGAUAAAAAAUGUAUUAUCUAUAAAUCACAUAUGUAUAUCGAAAUAUGGAAUUGUUUGUGUGUCAAUAUAU